CUAUUAGUAAUUACCGGUCGAAGAACAUUUUCUGACCUAUCAUUUUCUUCUUUGUAGCCGUCAUACACGGACCCUACCGUAGGCUUCCGUCUUGGAACCAAAAAUGCUGUUCUUCGCUUUAGUAAUGGCUUAUGCGCUUUUGCAAACUGCGACGUUGCGCAUGUUCGAUGAAUCCCUAGAUAAGUUGCCGAUGAGCUCCCAGGUGGUGGGUGGGAGCAUGGAGACCCUGUGUGUCCGUGUUCACAGGCCCACGGAGCCACUUUCACUCGUGGUGACACUUAAACUGGAGCAGGGACAGUUAUCCAUGCUGCUGAACACCAGAGUCAACAAGGGCCUUUAUAACUGUCUCCCAUUCGAGGUGCCCUCUGUGAUGCUUGAGACUGUGGCCAUCCUCGGUGUCCCUCUGACUGGAUAUAAGGACUCAAUGAGCAAGGAGACAAAGAUCCUCAUUACACCCUCUAACAUCAUCACCAUCAUUCAGACGGACAAGCCCAUCUACAAACCUGGCCAGAAGGUUCAGUUCCGAGUCGUCUCUCUCACUUCCAGUUUUGGGAUGUACAACCAGAAGUAUCAAACUGUGGAGAUUCAGGAUCCCAACUCCAACUGCAUCGCUCAGUGGCUGGACCUUUCAACGGUCAGUGGCAUGCUGGACCUCUCCCAUCCCACCACAGCAGAGGCCCCUCUGGGCCGAUACAUCAUCACGGUCUGGAACGAGAAGGGCGCGCAGACCUCCACUGGCUUCAACCUCAAAGAAUAUGGUCUGCCCAAGUUCGAGGUUACGGUAUCUCUGCACAAUGUCACCAUCCUGGACACUGAGGUCACACUGAGGGUGUGCGGAAAGUAA